AUGUCUCUCAUUAGCCGUGCGACGCACAGCGAGACGACAACUCCUUUUUACCUUUAUAACCCCUCCCUAGCAGUGGCAAUUGUUGCCGCUGUCUUGUACACCAUUGCUUUUCUGUUGACGACUAUCCAAUGGAUCUGGUACAGGGCCUGGGUCUGGAGCGUCAUGGUGCUAUCAGCAGUCAUGGAAGCAAUCGGCUACAUUGCCCGAUGCGUCUCGGUCCAAAACACAUUAGAGAGACCUGUUUACGUGCUUCAAUUUUCACUCGUCAUCCUUGCACCCGUCCUCAUGGCAGCGUGUUGCUACAUCAUCUUCGGUCGUAUCCUAUUUCUUGUCGUUCCCCAAGAGGCACGCACGCUUCGACUAUGCUGGGUGCCUCCCCGAUUCAUUACACCCAUCUUCGUCGGGUGUGACGUUGUUGCUCUCCUACUCCAGCUUGGCGGUGCGGUGAUGAUCUCUGCAGUUGAUGGCAAAGAUAAGGAUGCAAAAGACAAACUCAACACGGGAAAACACGUUGCGCAAGUAGGUGUCAUUAUCCAGCUGGUUGCCUUUGGUUUGUUCGCAGUCGCAGCUGUCCGUUUCAACUUCACAUCCAAGCGCUUCAGCGGGUCUCUAGAUGAGAGGUAUGAGCAUGUUGGAGAGAAGGAGUACAUCAUUGGCGGCAUAGUCAAAGAUAAGAACUGGCCCGCUCUGUUGCGAGUAGUCAACCUCACCACGAUAUUGAUUCUUGUUCGGUCUAUCUAUCGACUUGUGGAAUUCACCGAAGGCACGAAGGGAUAUUUGAGCACAAAUGAGUGGCCCUUGUAUGUCUUUGAUGCCCUGUGCAUCUACCCCUGUGUUGCGCUUUUCGUCUACUGGCACCCAGGAAGAUAUUUGCCAUACUUGGGCUUCCGACUGCCAAAGGGUGCGCACAGUAGCCGUGACUCGGAGAUUCGGAUGUUAUAA